AUGGCCGACGAGAUUGUCGAGUUCGUUCCCCUCCUAGGCUUUCAGCGAUACAGACCCUACUUCGAUGAAGUCACAACUCCAAAAGCUGUGGAUACCGCAAACGCUCUAGAAGAUCUGACAAGCAUCCCAGCGCACCAAGAUGAAGCACCAGCCCCAUCAACCGACCGCGUGUUUACCAUCGACCUCGGGACUGGACUGAGCAAUACCAUGCUGGAUGACCCUAUCAAAUUCCCGAGUGUGUCACGGAGGUCUAGUGGCCAGUCGAAUAUAACCUCGAAGGACGACGAACCGCGACGCAGCAAGAGCCCCAAGGGCCGCUGGUUCGGUUCCGUGGGCCAGUGGUAUCAGCGCCGUCGCGAGCGAAUCUCCAACUGA